CCAGACAGCUCUGUGAGGGCUUUUCUCAGUUAAACAGAAGGAUUUUGGAUAGCUACUCCCCUUGCAUGGGGGUGAAAGGGUUUUCCCAGAGCAUAGGGAUUUUUGAGUUUGAAGGCCUUCCCCCACAUCCUCCAAGAAAUGGGCUCUGUGGGAAUGCCAGUCCCCCACGACCCUAUAGGGAAUGGAUUCAGUGAGGUGGUCUCAUUUUAAAGAGGAGCAGCCAGAACUAGUUAGGGUUGGAAGGGAGCCCUGUGCAGUGGUGAGGUGACCCUAACUGUUACUUUGCCUGGGGCCCAGGUUCGCCUUAAUCCAGAAGCCUACUGUGUGGGUGACAGUGAAGCCUGCACUGCUGUUGCUUACGCUGUCCCUGAUCUGAGUAAAGCCAGACUCCAGAGCCACCACCCCAGCACUAAACACUAGCUUUUAAAGAGCUCAGCUCCCAUUCAGACAGCAAAAUAAGUGGCCAGGUCUGCAAAAUAGCUCAGCAUGUUGUACACUGCUCACUUCUGAAAAUCUGGCUAUAAGCAUCAUAGAGGGAGCAUCAAGGCUCAGCACUCUUGAAAAUAUGGCCCUUAUUAGUUGCCUAAACAGGAGCUGAGCUAUUCUGAAAAUGUGUUCCCACAGUCACUAUUUAAAUAUUUUAAAAGAAAUUGGUGAAACCCCUGCUUUCUCCGAGUGGUUCAGAGUAGUGAUCAGCAGAUGUUACAUGCUAAACUGGGGGCAGUGGGAGGAGUUAGUGGUGCAGGAGGAGAGUCCUCUGAUAGAGAUAUAAAUACUAGUAUGUCACUUAUGUUUGGGAGCCACAUGUAAAUAACUUGACAUGCUGAGAGAAGCAGACUGGUGAGGGAGAGUGGGCAGCAAAGCACCUUUCAGGAGGAACUGCUGGGAUCAGUUUUAGAGGAGGAACCAGGAAUCUGUCUGUUUCAUUCCAAAGGAAUGCAUGCAGAGUGUUCUUGUUCUCCCAGUCUGUAUUCCUACAGAAGAGAAGCCUGAACCUGAUGCCUGAUAGUGCCACUGAUUCUCCUGCUGUUCUCAGUAUUCAGGUUCCACUGCGGGGCACAUUUGCAAGGAGCCUGCAGCAAAAGCCAUGGCUCCCCUACAGCAGAGGAUUUUGAUCAAAGGGGGGAGAGUGGUGAAUGACGACUACUCGCAGUUGGCUGAUGUGUAUGUGGAGGAUGGAAUAGUGCGGGCAGUGGGAUCACACUUGCAGCCUGGGGCACCUGCUGGGCUUCUAGUUAUAGAUGCUUGCAACAGACUGGUGCUGCCUGGGGGGAUUGAUACCCACACACACAUGCAGUUCCCCUUUAUGGGCAGCCAGUCCAAAGAUGACUUCUACCAGGGAACAAAGGCUGCUCUAGCAGGAGGCACCACUAUGAUCAUCGACUUUGCAAUACCUCAGAAAGGCUGUUCCCUUGUUGAAGCCUAUGACACAUGGAGGAACUGGGCAGAUCCUAAAGUCUGCUGUGAUUAUGCACUGCAUGUGGCAGUUACAUGGUGGAGCAGUAAGGUCAAGGAAGAAAUGAGAAUUCUUGCUGAAGACAAAGGGGUCAACUCCUUCAAGAUGUUUAUGGCCUAUAAAGAUCUGUAUAUGGUUGGAGACAGUGAACUGUAUGCAGCUUUUUCCCAGUGUAAGCACAUUGGAGCCAUUGCUCAGGUGCAUGCAGAGAAUGGGGAUUUGAUUGCAGAGGGUGCAAAGAAGAUGUUAGCACUGGGGAUAACUGGCCCUGAGGGACAUGAACUGAGUCGUCCUGAAGAGGUGGAAGCAGAAGCGACACUGAGAGCAAUCACCAUAGCAAACUCGGUGAACUGCCCUCUUUAUGUAGUUCAUGUAAUGAGCAAAUCUGCAGCAAAGGUGAUAGCUAAUGCACGAAGAGAAGGGAAGAUAGUAUAUGGGGAACCUAUUGCUGCUAGUCUUGGUACAGAUGGCACUCACUACUGGCAUAAAGAAUGGCAUCACGCCGCAGGACAUGUCAUGGGACCUCCACUGAGGCCAGACCCUUCAACACCUGAUUUCCUCAUGAAUUUACUAGCCAAUGAUGACCUAACUGUGACAGGAACUGACAACUGCACUUUCGACAUCUGCCAGAAAGCCCUGGGGAGGGAUGAUUUCACCAAGAUCCCUAACGGGGUGAACGGUGUAGAGGACAGGAUGUCUGUCAUAUGGGAAAAAGGAGUGCACAGUGGUAAAAUGGAUGAAAACAGAUUUGUAGCUGUUACCAGCACAAAUGCAGCUAAGAUCUUUAACCUUUACCCGAGGAAGGGAAGAAUUGCGGUGGGUUCUGAUGCUGACAUCGUUAUUUGGGACCCAAAAGCUACAAGGACUAUAUCUGCAAAGACACAUCACCAUGCCAACAAUUUCAAUAUAUUUGAAGGAAUGAUCUGCCAUGGGUUCCCAGUUGUGACAAUUUCAAGAGGCAAAGUGGUGUAUGAAGGUGGCGUUUUCAAUGUCACAGCAGGAGACGGCAAAUACAUUACACGUAAACCAUUCCCUGAAUAUGUCUACAAAAGAAUCAAGCAGCAGGAUGAGGUUUGCCAGCCUGUCCCUGUUGAGCGAGCACGAUAUGGAGAAGUGGGCUCAGUCCAGUCCAGCAGGGGCGGAAAAUAGACAUAUCCCUAAAGCAUGGCUCUUCCAGAUAAAGCCAGAUGAAAAUGAUCCUGCUUUCCCCAUCUAAGCAAUGCAUUCUGGUGCCCAUCGUGAGUAAGUCCAGAUCAACUUCUGAAGAGCCAAAAUUUACCAGCUGCCAAAAUAGGCACUACAGAGCUUAAUAUGCUUUAAUGAGUGAAUGUUGUCAUUCUAGGAGUACUUGUGGCACCUUAGAGACUAACAAAUUUAUUUGAGCAUAAGC